AUGUUGUUCCCGAACGCCGACGAUCCGGGACGUGACUUGGACCAUUUGGACGAAAGCUGGAGCAACAUUCAAGAGUGGGCUGAUUUGUCCCUCAAUCUUCCCGCCAGCAAUGAAGAAACUAUCGCAAAUGCCAUCGAUACACAGAUGGAAAUCAUCUACAAUGUUCCAAUCAAACUGGUCGGGAACAUGCUACAAAUUUCCGAAACAAUCAACUCCGACGCAGACCAGAGCUUCGACAUCUUCUUGCAAGACCCUGAGGAAGACUCUGAAACUGUUCCAUACUACAAUCCUCAAGAGGCUCGAUUUCCGGGCAUAGAAGAGCCAGUCUCUAUCGUCCUAGACCGCUCUAGGGCCGCUGUGACAUCAAGCAAGGGCCAGAAGAAUGAGCUGGAAUCCGAAAUCAUGAGUCAAGCAAUCGCUACAAUAUAUCGGUCCUUGAAACGAUUUCGCAUUCAAGAUCAGCAAAAAGGAGGAGCGCGCGUCCUUACAAACCUGCUACAAGAACUUCCGCGGAUCAAGUCCACCCUUAUUAUUGUCCCUUCCACGUUGAUUGUAAAUUCUUGGAUGAAACAAAUUGAGACGCAUAUUGAGAAAUCCUUCAAAGCCGUGGCGUACUAUGGAAAAGACCGAGACGCUAAUUCAGAUGCGUAUUUCGACAGUGAUGUCGUAUUCACAACUUAUCACACAGUCGCAGCUAGUAUCAACCUCCCAAACAACUUGAUUGUUCCAAUUCAGUGGUUUCGGAUUGUUCUUGAUGAAGCGCAUAUGAUUCGAAGACCACAGACAACUUUGUUCCAAGCAGCAUCCCAACUAUCCGCUAGAUUCAGAUGGUGUCUUACUGGAACCCCUAUUCAAAAUCGGCUAGAAGAUGUUGGCUCUCUUCUCUCUUUCCUCCGGGUCCCGCAUUUGGAGAACAAAGCAGUAUUUCAGAAAUACGUGAUUCUACCAUUUGAAGAAGACCCAGAAGAAGCUUGCCGGAAGUUUGCUUUCUUGUUGGAUUGCAUUUGUCUCAGAAGGCCGCAGACUCUGCUUUACCUCCCGAAGAUGGUGGAGACUGUUCACUAUUUAGAUUUGUCACCUUCUGAGCAGCAGCAGUACCGAAACACCAUGCAAGCGAUGUCAAAGAUGCUGCAGAGAAAGGCUGGACAAGGCCCUGGGAAGAAAGUCACAUUCGGGCUGUUCCAGGCGCAGCUCCAGCUCCGCCUACUUUGCAAUCACGGGACUUUCCAAAAGAGGAUCACAGAUACUAUCGAAAGAGACACGCAGGCAGAAUCCGAGGAUAUCAUGUAUUCGCUUGGCCGCCAGGCUGACGAUUCAUGCUCGAUCUGCAGCAUACAAAUCUCUAUCUUCGACACACAAUCGUGGAAGCGGGAAAAGCUUCCUUAUGUCCGAAUCGAUGGAUCUCAGUCUUCGUCACAAAGACAGUACAAUUUGGACAGGUUUACUUCCUACCACUGGAUCCCUAUUUUGCUAAUGAGCACAGGUGUUGGCGCCGUCGGGUUGAAUUUGACUGCGGCGAACCGUGUCUAUAUUGUUGAGCCACAAUGGAAUCCUAGUAUUGAAAGUCAAGCUAUUGGACGGAUCUCCCGGAUCGGACAAGAACGAACAGUCUACGUCACUCGGUACUUGAUCCGAGGUACAGUUGAAAUGAAAAUGUACUCGCAGCAAGUCCGCAAAAUUGAGCUUGCCAAAAUUGGCUUGAAAAAUUGA